UAAUGUCCACAAUUCGUAUAAAAAGUGCAAGUCGUUCUACAAAAGAUAUCAUUCACUUGUUCCCCUUUGGUCAAACAAUUAUCCAACUGUUUUCUCACGACUUUUGUGGUCAACCCCACUAAAAACUUAACAAAAUGAACAAAAUUUUGGCUAUCGUUUUCUUGGCUGUCAUCGCCUUGGCGUUUGCUGCCCCUGCGGAAGAAGAGAAGAAGAAGGAUGAUUUGCAAACUGCUGCUGGAGGAUUCGGGUACGGCGGUUUGUAUGGCGGAGGUCUCGGUUUCGGGGGAUAUGGAGGUUACGGAGGCUACGGACUUGGUGGGUAUGGACUCGGAUAUGGGUUGGGUGGCUUUGGUGGAUACGGCGGAUACGGUGGGUACGGUGGAUACGGUGGGGGGUUCUAUGGUCGUUAAAAAAUUGUCCCCUUAAUUCCUUCCUCCUCCUCCCAAAUAUCCUUCCCUUAUUAUCGAACCUAACUCCCUUCCUGAUCAUGACAUUGUCCAGCCAGAUUUUUACAACACUUGCUUACGCCAAAAAUUAGUCAAGUCUUUUUUUUACUACAAAAAUUCCUAAAACCAAAAUGGCCAGUUGGCACUCAAAUUAUUUUGUGAUACUACAAACUAAAAUUAUUACGAUUUGAACAAAAUUCGACGAAAAGAUUAUAUGAAAUAAAUUAUUUAUUCUUGUUCCAAAU